CGGACAAAGCUCAGAUCACUUAAAUUUAAAUGUAAAAAUUUAAGCUAACCCAUUAAGGAUAUAUAAAAGCUUGAUCGAUUAAAUGAAGGCCUCGGCUCGUUCCUAAAUAGUAUGGUUGCGCAAGUCGGUUUUUCUAGCAUGAAAGUGUAUGGAGAGGGCCUGUUGGACUUCGCCAGCGCCUAAUUCGUACCAACUCACCUUGCCAACACAACCGAAUUCUCUCCCCUCACAUCCAUGAAUUGAAUUUGACUUCGAACAAAGGUAUAUAUAGAGCGCACUCAUUACCGUUGAGUACCUAAUUCGACAGCGACCGCCCAUAAUUGAGUAACUUGCUCGAUUGACUACGCCGGACGCCGUCGUAUUCGCACUUCUAAAUCUCAAUUUGCCCAUCAUGACCACAGUGGUUUUCAUAAGCGGCGUGAGUCGUGGUAUAGGUAAUGGCUUUGCCAAGGCGUAUCUUUCAAGGGCGCAGCAUAUUGUUAUCGGCAGUAUUCGCGAAAGUGCCGCCUCGGCUUCGGGUGUCGAAGAAUUGAAAGCCUUCCCCGCAGCUGAUGGAUCCAAGUUGCUGUUGGUCACAAUUGAAAAUACCUCACCAACCGAUGCGCAAAGAGCUUUGGAAGUGGUGAGGGCUGAAGGGAUUGAACACUUGGACAUUGUUAUCGCCAAUGCAGGCGGGAGCCCACUUCCGACCACGCCACUUGAAAGAGUAACAGCUGAAGAGAUGACGACGACGUAUCAAGUCAACGCUAUAGGCCCUCUCAUGCUAUUUCAGGCAUGUCGCCCCCUGCUGCAGAAGGCCUCAACACCCAAAUGGGUGUCUAUCUCAACGGGUGGAGGUUCAAUCGCCCUCAUGGGAAAAAUUAGGUCUUGGGAUGGUACUUCUUAUGCUGCAGCCAAAGCUUCUCUGAAUUGGCUUACCCGUGCAAUCCAUUUCACGAAUGAAUGGCUUAUCGCGGUCGCACUCACUCCGGGAUUGGUCCAAACCGAACCGGGAAAUUGGAUCGCUAGGGAGUGGGGAUUAGAGAAAGCUACGUAUACCGUCGAAGAAAGCGUCAAGGGUAUGAUGAAAUUAAUUGAUGGAGCGACCCGAGAUGAGACGUCUGGCGAGUUCUUCAACUUGAAGAAUGAUAAACUACCUUGGUAAUUAUCGCGACGCGGAUUUAUGAUCUAACUAGAUUAAAGAUCUUUUGGGUUGGUAGGUAUUCGGGUCGGAGUAAAUAAAGUAAAGGGACCGGGCUAAGACAGAUGCUGAUGACUAAAAUUCUCUCAUUACCCACAACCAACUCCGAACUCCGCCCCCGCAUUUAAUGGAACAUGAUAUUUUACUGUCAUUUUCGGUUUAGCUAUUUCUUGCAACAAUAUCACGUAUAGAACUUUUCCUCUUCAUAUUUCUCGUCAAUUGAUAGCUACAUUCUGUAGCUCGGAUUCAAACCACAUUAAUUACCUAGACACAUCUGGAGAUAGUGGACCGAAUUAUCAUAGC